CGCGCGCAAACAUAUUUUCUGCGAUUUAAGAUUAAAAGUAUAUAUUACAAAUAUAAAGGUUAUUAUUGUGCGUUGCAAUAAACGCUUUAAUGGCGUUAUUAAGUAACACAAACAAUAAAAUAACAUGAAAUCGUGGAUUUUCUUUAGCUGGCCCAAGGUUGUGGAAUAUAUGCUUCCGGCUGACAUUAGAUCUGUCCCUCUAUUCGUGUUAUUAAAACUCGUUAAAAAACGUAUUUAUUCUCUAUGGCUUUUACUGACUGACUUUUGACAACUCUCUGCUGAUUGGACGUUCUACUUGUGGAGCUCACCGGAAGUGACGAUGCUGCGGUUAUAGAUGCGAGAUGCAGGUGCAGCUGGAGUCAGAUUGAGAGCUGUCACUCAUCAUCCUCAUCACGCACACAGGCUUUACAGUCGCGUAAGAUGAGCGUGUCGACGUUUCAGAAGCUGACUAUAGUGUCAUGUGUGGUGCUGUGCGUCGCGCUUCUGCUGCCGAAGAUGCUUUUAUCGCGAGGAAAGAGAGACGCGCCGAAGACUGAAGGACCUGCAGGACAUUUUCCUCCUGUGCUGCACAAAGCGCCGGUGUCAGAUGAACCGCAUCGAUCAGGCCGACAGUUCUCCAGAGCUCAUAAUCCUGAAGCCAUCGCUCGAGCUAAAGGUGCCGGGACAGGGGCGAGCACCGGAGGAAAGUCCAAUCUUGCCGGACAGAUCAUCCCUAUAUAUGGCUUUGCUAUAUUACUGUACAUCCUUUACCUUCUGUUUAAGAUCACGUCCAAAGGGAAAACAACUAAACCUUCAGAAAACAGAGUUUCUGCUGCCAGAUCACAAAACAUGAAGAGGAAAAUAACUGAUUUUGAGUUGAAUCAGCUCCAGGACCGGUUGAACGAGACAAGGGAUGUAAUUGAGGGCAUCAUUUCAGCAGCGAGUGUCUGCUCACACAGUGUUGAAGGUACUGUAGCAGGACAUGAUGAGCAGAGGUUACUGUACCAGCUGAAGGAGAUCACACGGGUCAUGCAGGAGGGUCAACUCGUGGACCAACUACCAGCCAACAGUCAACAGCAGUCAUGCGGCCACGACUGGGACGAUUUUGCAGGAGACGGUGAAAAUGAGGUGAAUCAGCAUUUCUGUUUCCUUCAUUCACCUGACGUGAGCUCAGACACGCAGACACCACCGGAGGAGAGCUCUGAGACGUCACAUGACAACAGAGCCCAAGAACUGAAGACAGAUUCCAACAGACACGAACCCAUAGAUGACAUGUCCGCUCACAACAUCACCGUCAGACAGAGGAACACAAAACUCCUCCAAUAAGUGACUGAAAUCUGAAGCUUUAGUGUAGCACGCACCUUUCACAGCUCAUUGUCAUGUUAACAGCUGAUGAUCACGUUUAAUGACCAAACAAACACAGGAACAGAAUAUAACCCAUACAUCAUACCAGCUGUGUCAACUCUGUUAUAUACGCCUGAGGAUCUGUUUGAAACGUGAGCUCAGGGCCUCCGAAUCUCCAGAGAAGUUUGCAGUUGACAUGUCUGUAUUAAUAAACAGAAUUAGCCUGUGUUCACAUGAACAUGUCAUCAGAUGUGAUAGAAAAAUCUGUGUGAGGGAUCUGAGCUCUGGACACAGACUACCCAGAACUCCCCGCUGCUUGACUGAUGGCUUUAUACACAGAUCUCUAAGACCUGAUUGUUUGGAUUACAUGAGCAUGCGUCCUGAACAGAGAUAAAUAAACCUCAUUAUUAUGUUUGCUUGAAAAAGGCCAUAAGACAUGUCACUCACUCACUCACAGCACACGAGCCCCACAGCUCUUCUUCUUAUGCAUGAACGAUCUGAUGUCCUUAAAACAUAUCCUACAACACAUGUAAAUGUUCCUGUGAGAAAGAGAGAAGCCCGUAAUGUGCAGCUGAAUCUGUGAAACCCAGUCAUUUUUAACAAAAUGUAGAUUCAACAGUUUUCUGGGAGAGAAAGUAUUUAUUUUAAAUCUAAACUGUGGUGGAUUAACAAGAAUGGUCUGUUUGAAUACUGGGUGGAAGGUGCAAGUUGGCAAAUUUGUUGCUCACGGUACAGAAUUAAGUGAACAAGCUUUGCAAAUUUGACAUGUAAUUAACACAAUCUUUUGCUUAAAGAAAAAUAUUUAUGGUAAUGUAAUAUAUUUUCAACAUUUUUUAUUUUCUGUGAUGAGUGUUGGGUGAGGACCAGAAUAAAUAAAAUAUCAUUUUUUUUCUUGUGAAGGAGAUACUUGCCAUAUUAAUUUCUUGGGCAUUCAUAUUUACUAUAUAAAUAAAAGCACAGACAGUGUAUGUGUAUAUAUAUAUAUAAUGCGGGGAAUUUAUACAAAAGUAGUCUGUCCUGACAUUAGCAAAAUUGUGGUAUUUCAAUUCAGUCUCUUAAGACUCCAGCUUGUAAACACUGUUUUUUCUACCAAUAAAUAUGA